CUUGAGCAGAAGUUUGAAAGAGACGUUUCUGCUCUUAAAGCUGAAGUGGAAACAUCUGAGCACGAGCUACAGCGUGAAAGAGAAGCCAGUUCAUAUACAGCAAAGAGAUGUCACUUUGUUCUAUCUGAACUGGCUUCUCUUGAGCAAGAACAAGAACUGAAAUAUAAAGCAGCGUCAAAAGAGCUCCAGACCCAGCAGCAGAACUUCUACAAGGUCACGAAUGAUUUAAAAUGUGAAAAUUCUUCACUUCAACAGCAGGUGGAAAAGCUUCAGAUACAGAUGAUUCAGGAGAGAAAAGCGCACAUGGAGGAGAUAAUGCUUCUAAACAACAUGAAAGUCAUCUUCCAAGAAAAUACAGCAAAAGAUAUGAAAUUACUGCAAGAAAAGGAAAGGGAUGCACAGACCAAGUUAGAGAAGAUGAAAGAUAUAUACAAGGUGCUGCAUUGCAGAUAUGACACCGAUAUUGCUGCACUCAAACAAGAAAUUGAAAAAUGUCAUCAAGUAAGUUGUGAGAAAACUAGUAAUUUGGAAGGAGCACAUGACUAUCUAGAGAUUGACACUUCUCUGAGAGACAUGAAGGAAGAUGUCGAACAAGAAACACCACAAGAGUCCAGAAAUUUUCAAGAGAUGGAGAACAAGAGCCAACCUGACCAUGAUGAAGUUUUACAUCAGGAGGUUUCUUCUGAGGAGGAUCCCUUAGAAGGAUCCUCMUCAGGUUUUCCCAGGCAUUUGGAAUCCAUGACGGACUUCGCUGCAGAAUCCAACCAGGAGGAUUUGGACAACAUGGAGGAUGGAAAAAUGAAAAAACCAAAGCUUACAGUAUGGAAAAGAAUGCUAAACUUCAUGCAUUUGAAGAAAUCAAAAAAAGGAACAGACUGAACUAAAGCCCAGAACAUCAAGUUUUAACCAUCGUGCCAUGCGACAUCAUCAGGAAAUUUAGAAAGGCCAGCUUUUUUUCAUGCCAUUAACCAUCUAAAAAAAAGAUCCUUCCUAACCCAAUUCAAAAAAAGAUUCAAACUUUAAGACGAAUUUGAAAUAGAAAAAGUAGUGGGCAGCAYGGAGAUGCAGUGGCUAGCACUGCAUCUGCACAGAGAGGAUGUGUCACAUCUUUGCUGUGUGGAGUUUGCAUGUUCUCCCCGUGCCUGCGUGGGUUUUCYCCAGGUGCUCUGGUUUCCCCCCACAUCCCCUAAAACAUGUAGGUUAGGUCAAUUGGUCAAUGUAAAUUGCCCCCUAAAAGAGUU